AUGCGUCUUUCAACAAGCCUCGCAUUUUCAACAAUAUUUAGCCAACUCGUUGCCGGCAAUGCUGCAGUAAAUUGGAAGUCGCGGAAUUUCAAGAGUCUUGUUACCUUUGGGGACAGCUAUACUGACGAAAGUCGGUUGAACUACUUUAUUACCCACAACGGUUCCGCGCCGCCUGCUGGAUGGGUUGACCCGGCUAACAACAAUACCGCCUCUGGUGGAUACACUUGGGCUAGAUACGUUGCAGACUACACCAAAGUCAACCUGUACGACUAUGCCGUCAGCGGUGCCGUGUGCUCCAACAAAAUCACUCCGCGCUGGUUCAGUUCUAUCAACGGGGAUUUCCCAUCCGUCGUUGAAUACGAAGUUCCUGCGUACACUGCUGACAGCAAAGCCUACACCAGCAAUGGUCGACCGUUUCUAGAUAUUCCGCCUUCUGAAACUGUGUACUCUAUUUGGAUUGGCACUAAUGAUCUGGGUGUCGAUGCCUUCUUGACAGACUCUCAGGUAACCGGAAAGACGAUUCCGGACUACGUUGAGUGUGUCUUCUCUGCUCUGGACAGUAUCUAUGACAAUGGUGCUCGCUAUUUUGUCGUCCAGAACGCUGCUCCUCUACACCUCGCCCCACUGUAUGCCACUCCUGAGAAUGGCGGGGUAUAUGCUAUUCAGUACCCUAAUACCACGACCAAUGGCACCGAAACUUCAUACAGGAUGUGGGAGACUGUAACCACGGUCAAUGACGUGUACAAAUACAAGACGCCGUAUGAGGUAUUAAUUCAGAAGCGCUACCCAGGUGCUCACUUUGCCGUGAUGGAUAUAUAUAGCAUCCUUGAAGAUAUCUACUACCACCCAGAUGCAUACCUUGCAUCUCCAGCAAAUGUCACCGGAUAUAUCGAUCAGUGUGAUCCUACUGGCCUUAAUUGCACACGCUUACCAAAUCAGGAUUCUUUUAUGUGGUUUAAUUCACUACACCCGUCGACUAAGACUGAUUCAAUUAUUGCGAAGCGGUUUAUCGAGGUGCUCAAAGGACAGAGCAUGUACGCCACUUAUUGGAGUUGA